GGUGGGGAGACCGAGGUCCCGGCUCCUCCAGCCCCUUCCGCUGCCCCUCCUCUCUGCUCCUUGCGCCCGCUCUUCCCUUCCCGGCCGGGAAGGCGCCGGGCUUGGCCUGUCUCCCCGUAGCGGCAAAGCCAUGAGCUAGCGGCCCAUGCCGCCUCCUUUCCCUCCAGUCCUCCCGCGCUUCUCCUCCCGCGGGGAGCGAGUGCGGCCCGACCCUCGGCGGGCCCGGGGGCUGCCCGCAGAGCCGGCCCGGCACAGCCUCGGCCCUGCCCGGGACCCCGGGUCGGCCGCACUCCCUCCGGCCUGCAUUCGGGGCUGGAGAUCCCUCCCCGGACCCUGAAGCGGGCUGGGAGGGACCUAGGGCUAGAGGAGGGCUCACCUCUCCGAGGGAUGGAGGGGAUACAGGCGGCGGCCGGACCUGCCAGUGGCGGCCCCCAAGAGCCCAAGACAGGGAACAGAAAAGCCAACCCCAUGGAGGUGACCUCAGCUGUGGGGAGAAGUCCUGAGCCACAGCCAGAUAACAGACACCUCUCACGACCCUGGACCUGCCCUUGGGAAGACACAACACCCAGCCUGAUGAGCCCCCAGCCUCCCAGGGCAGGGGGGGCACAGCUGCAAGGCUCCUCUGUGCUAGAGUCCAAGGUGAGGGCUUUGAAGGAGAAGAUGACAGCAGGUAAACAGGGGGCUAGCCCCUGUCCCACUUCCUAUGAACAGUCAUUCCCCAAGAAACCCAAAUGUAUACGAGUCCCGGCAGGUGGACCCAGGACUCCAUCAGAGGGGACUUUCAUGCCAGAUGCCGUGGUGGUCCCUCCUGCUCAGGACCUGACUGAUGGGCAGCUGACCAGCAGUGACAAUGAGGAGGCACCCAUGAGGAAUGGGAGCCUCAGGCCUCCCAGGCUACCUGCUCCUGGGUGUGAGUGUUGGAACACGCUUCCAGAAGCAAUGUGGACACUGCCUAACCAGGAGAGCGGUCUGCUGACAGAGCCCAGCUCUUUGCAAGAAAGCCCCAUCCGUGAAGUUACUCCCUGCCAGCCUGGGAGUCCUGGCCCUGGUAACAAAAUCAUCUCCACUCCCAGCAUGAGGAGAGGAAGCUCAUACCUGCUUCAAGAUGGUGUGGUCACAGGGGGAGACCUGGACAGCACAUCCCUGACUUCUGAGGAGGACUUCGUCCCCAGGACAGCCCUGCUGGGGAAUCUCUGGAGAGGUGGAGACCUGGGGCCACUCAGCACCGGAGGCAGCACCUUGUCCCUGUCUGAGCGGGUGGAGAGGAGCCGUCUGCUGCUGCAGAAGAUACUGAGUGUUUCUAGGUGCGGCCCCUCUAAGGCGGGGGCCCCAGCCUGGACUCCGUCAUGUGGCAGAGCUGCAGCAGAGCGAACAGCUGGGGAUGUGGAGUGGGACUGGGGUGACUCUCUGCAGGACUCAGACCAGAACAGGACCUUCGGUCCAAAGCCGGAGCCCGUGCUGAGCCCCAGGCAUGAAGAAGCCAAGCACCUGCUGCAGCGUGCCCGCAUGAAGGCCAGGACCCGGCCCCUCCGUGCCAGCCAUGACAUCGUGCCCACCACUGCCCUGGGCAGCCGAGAUGGCCAGAGGAGCCCAGCCCCGGCCCCCAGGGUGCCCGCCGCCUGCAGAGACAGCCUCCAGAACGGGAACGUGAGCGACUCCUCCAGCGGCGAGUCCAGCGGUGGGCAGCGGCCGCGGAGGGGCCCGUCGCCCUCGCACGUCCGCUUUGAGGACGAGUCCGCCCGCGAAGCCGAGUUCCGAUACCUGGAACGGCUGCAGCAGCGCCAGCGCCACGUGCUGGGGACGGUGCUGCAGGCAGCGGACCAGGGGCCCCUGCGCUCCAAACCGGACCUCGCAGACUAUAUCAACGGGGGCCUGCGGCUCUGGGACCCAGCGGAGGAGGCCUUGCACAGGCUUGAGCGCAGCCUGGACACGGGGGGCAGUGACAGGAAGUGCUGCACCUGCGGCGACUGUAUGGAGGACCGCCACCCCGCCCAGGGGAAGGCAGCCCCCGACCCGAGGGUCCUCCAGGAGCUGGAGGGGGUGCUGGUGGAGCCCCUGGGCUCCUGCGGUCUGUGCUCCCCGCUGCGGCUCCUCCCUGCCGAGCCAGGGCUCCCCUCACAGUGGAUCCGCGAAACCCACAUUGGCAAUACUGCGGUCCCAGAGGAGACGAACCCUGCGCUGGACUACACGGACACGGCAAACAGCUGCAGGGCCAACAGUGAAGAGGCCAGGACCUCUCAGGCCAGCAGGCCAUGUGGGCAAACACAGGGCAGCAGCCCUGGACUGCCGGGCUCCAGGCCGCGGGCAGGCCACAGGUGGUCCAGGACGCCUGAAAUGGAGCUACCCUGGGGCCCUCAGGCCCAGUGUCACCUGUCUGGGGUUGAUGGUGUGGAGGUGGGAGAUGAGGUGAAAAAAAGCAGAGGACACGCCCCCAGAGGAACUCUGUUUCUAAGAGAAGAUGCCCUCCGUAAACCUCCUGCCCUGGCAUCUAAGCCCACAUUACUGGGGUCCCAGUGGCAGCCAGGUGCAGGGCUGGGAGAUCACUGGGCUCCCCCCGCAGAGUCCAGGGCUCCAAGCAGGACAGCCCAUGCCAUGACCUCUUCCAUGAAGCUUGGGCCCUCAGGGCCAGGCAGUCAAGCCCGGGUUAUGGAAGGUCACAAGUCUGUUGAAAUUGCCUCUACUUCCUCCCUGCAACACAGCAAUGCAGAACCCUGUGCUCCCAACACCCAGCAGCCAGCAGCUUCCCUCUUCUCUCAAGGCUGGGUGCCAACUCCUCCCCCUUCAAGGAAAACCACCUCCCCUCUGUCUCACAGGAAGGUAGCCCUGGCUGGAUCCCGCAGGCUGGGGGACCAGGGAGAGCCUGUGAAUCCUUCAAGAAGUGGGGUUCUCAGGACUUGUGGGCAAACCCCAGCACAAGCUCAGUCCUGCAGCCCCGGAGUCAGGCACCCACUUCAGGGCCUGUCCACCAACAACUGCAACAACAGCGUGCCUUGGGGGCCACAGGAGCCCAGUGAUGGAGCUGUCCAUGAGGACAGGGUGGAGCAUGCUCUCUACAGCCAGGAGCUGGGGCUGCCCCAGGAGAACAGCAGAGAUGGAGGACCCCAGGGCUUUCCUGGCUCCGCAGACGUUGCCACCAUCAAUUCCACAAGCAUCACCCUCUCCCUGUUCUCAGAGGAGCCGGAGUCCAGCCAGGAAGCAGAUGGAGCCCUGCUGAGCACAGAGUCAGGAUCUAGAGAGUGUGUGCCACCCAGAGCACUGCCAGGGGCCAGCACGGGAUCCGGCUCACCCUUAGCUGUCCCUUCUGACAAGAACAAGAAAAGGAGCAACAGCAUCGUCUCCACCCUGGGGCUGAAAAAGUUCUUCUCAACUCUGGGCCAGAGUCCCCGGCCCAAGCUGGGCAAGGCCCGCAGCUACAGCGUGGAGCAGCUGCAUCCGACUGCACCUGGCCCGGCGUCACACGCCAGAGCCCCGUCGCUACAGUCCCUGCACCUGGUGUCACCCUCUCAUCAGCGUCGGAAGGCUGCCUCUUUUCAGAACCUCCAUUCUUUGCUGAGCGGCAAGGGGGAUCGGUCCAGCCUCUACGUGGUCGGUGGCCCAGGGGACCAUGGUGCAGCUGGCAGGGUGGCUAAGGCUCCGCCCCGGCGUGCUCUCAGCGUGGAGGAUGUGGGUGCCCCCAGUCUGGCUCGCACAGUGGGCCGUGUGGUGGAAGUGUUCCCCGAUGGCACGAGCCAGCUGCAGCUACAACGCUCCCCGGAGGGCACCUUUGGCUUCUGUGUGGCUUCUGGGAAUGGGCGCCGGGAUUCAGGGAUCUACGUGCAGGAGAUGGCUGAUGUGAGCACGGCCAAGCUGUACUCCGGGCUGCUGGGGGUGGGCGACGAGAUCCUCGAGGUGAACGGGGCGAAGGUGGCAGGGCUGGGCUUGGUUCACAUUAAGGAGCUCCUGGCCCACUCAGAGAGCUUGUUUGUCCGUGUCCUAAGGCAGAGGCCUGCUCCACGGUGACCCCCCUCCACAGUGUCACCCCUCAGAAGCUCUGAACCACCCCAUGGCGUUAGCUAGGAGUGAGCAGCACAGUGCUGCUUUGUGGCAGAGACACACAUCACGGUGUCAUCUGUGCCCUUGGGCUGUGGCAAUGCUGCUGUGACUAACUCCUCUGGGGGAGGCGAGGAGCUUGGUUGCAUGUUUUGUUUAAGGUCACUUAUGCAGAACUGGAGAAAGAAAAUACGGGUUGACAGGUCUGCCAUGGCGGAGAGUAUCCACAUCAACUUGCACCUUUCUUGGCAAGGGGAUGAGAGUGCUUUGGUGGGUCCCUGAGUGCAGCCUCCACUCCAGGUACGGGUCCCUGUCAAAAGCUCCCCUCGUUCCCAGCACCCCAGGACCAAAGAUUAAGUGCUUAGCCGUCUUGGCCGUGAGCCCUAGUGGUUCUCGGCCAUGUCCCUCCACCCUCCCACUCAUCACCUCUGCUCUUUAACCAGGGACGGGCAAGUGUCCUAGAGUAACACCCUUACAGCCAACCCCAAAUCAGAAUGUGAAAUGUGUGGUCUGACAAAAGAGUUUUAUGCCCCUUUUGGGUGUGAGAAUAUCUGGGAGAUGUUAUCUGGUAGCCAGAAUACGAAAAAUUUCUAGGGAAUUUUUAUGAUGUAUAAAGCUGAAGUAAAAAAAGGAAACCAAGACCAACUUCAGGGAAAUGCAGCUGUGGUGGCCAAGAUCCAGCUCAGUCCCCCACCCACCAUCCGCACCCCGCUCUCUGGCCCUGCCCUCUGCCCCUGCCUGGGUGGAAGUGGGCCUGCUGUGGCCUGGCCUGCAAGGGCCUCUGUCUUAGUUCUCCUGUCCAGUUUGGAGACAGGAGGUGGGCAGCAGGGAGUGGGUGGUAUGUGUCAGUCUUAAAUUAUUAAAAAUCCAAGCUGAAGCUUUUUCCAUUUUGAGUUGCUCAGU